AGACUUCACUUUAUCUGUGCAGAUUCGUAAUAGUGUAGCAGCUGUUUAUAAGUGUUCGCUCCAAAUUUUGAAGUGACCGGUUGUGAAGAAAAUUGAAAAAUCACAAACGUGAUUUUUUGAAAAAAUUAGUUAUUUUUACUUCAAAUAAAUAAUUUACAUAAUCACUUUUAGAAUAAUUCGUGGUGUAUAAAAAUUGCCUUUAUCUUGUUAUAACGAUAUCUGUGUAUUAUUUCCAUACCGCAAAUUUCAAAAAAAUGGCUGGGCGCCCAAAACGUAAAGCAGCAAUUAAGGCUGCUCAAAUAAUAGAAAUAUCUGAUUCCGAUGAUGAUGUACAAAUCACAACGAGGAGGGGACGUGACAGCUCAUUUUCUCCACCACCGACAAAGUCUGCACGUAUAGAUGCCGCAGCACGUUCAUUAACUGGAAGAGAAGUCGCUACCACAAGUACAGCUGGAAGAAAACGUUGGCCCACUGAAAAAAGUAAAGAUAAAGUGUCACAAGCAACAGAGAAAGGCGCCAAAAAGGACAGCAAAACAACCUCAAAAUCUAAGGAUAAUAAUAACAAAAACAGUUCAACAAAUGAACCUGAAAAUGUAGAAGUAAUGCAGCAAGGAAAUAAAGAUCAGCAAAUGGAUUUGGAAGUUGAAGAUCAGCAAGAUCAAGAUCCUGUAGAAACUGUAACCGACGGCCAAUGUUGCUCGAGUGCAGAUAAGAACAAACUGGCACGCGAUUCUACCACUCAUACAGGUCGCAGCUCAUUUUGGGCACGUCGAAAAGUGUGGCGCGUCGACGAACUGCUCGCAGAAAAAGAGAAUGUUGAACCCUGCACUGCUAAAAAUAUCGUACAAUUGCUGGAGAAUGAGAACACAAUACCAUUCAUUUGUCGCUAUCGCCGGGAUUUAAUUAACCAUAUUACGCCUGAAAGACUGCGUGAUAUAAAAAAUUCAUAUACGGAAAUUGUAGAGUUGCGCAAACGUGCUGAAACGAUUGUUAUACAGUUAGAGAAGGAGCAACAAAUAGGCGAUGAAGUACGUACAGAGAUUUUAUGCGCAAAAAGUAAUGAAGAAUUGGAAUUUUUGUAUGCACCAUACAAACCAGCAAGCAAAGGCUCACUAGCCGAACGUGCUAAAGCACUAGGUUUGGGUGACGCUGCGGAUCGCUUAUUGUUCGGUGAAGCGCCAGAAGUGCGUUUGGAAUCGCUUGUAAAUCGUAAUAAUGCAGACCUGGAUAAUGUAGAGAAAGUACUACAAGGUAUUUGUCACAUCAUUUCGCACAAUAUCAGCAAGCAUACAGGUGUUUUGGAAGAGUUGCGACGGCUCCAAAAAGUGCACCGCAUAGUGCUUAAGUGUACCAAAUCCAAAACGCCCGGCACAUCAACCGCUACCAAAUCGUCAACAUCACUUAAAACAGCAUUGAAUAAUAAUAGCUCGGUGCAUUCCAAGAAUAAAACGGAUGCAUCAAAGUAUGAGACAUAUUUUGACUUCCAACAAGAUGUGCGUUAUUUAAAACCACAUCAGGUGCUCGCCAUCAAUCGUGCAGAAAAGCAAAAGUUUCUAACUGUAAAGAUAGUCACUGCUGAUUAUGUAAAAAAUGAUAUCAAACGCUUCACGCGCGAGCUGUUUAUGACUGAUGGUCUGCGUUACCCACUGCGCAAUCAGGUUUUCGAGCAGGCAUUCGAGGAAUGCUACAGUAAAAAAUUGCAACCGCUUCUAUCACGUCAGUUGCGCAGCGAUCUGAAUGAAUCCGCCAAAAAAGCGGCUAUCGAUGUUUUUGCGCAAAACCUGAAACAAUUAUUGCUACAAUCGCCACUUAAAGGUGAGCGCAUUCUUGGCAUUGAUCCAGGUUUCACCAAUGGCUGCAAAUUGGCGUUAAUCUCCGAGACAGCAGAUGUUUUGGAAACUGGUGUAAUAUACCCACAUGCUCGUAGCAGUAAUGCUGAAGAAGUAGGCGAGAAAUUAGCCAAAUUGCUAGCUAGACACAAUUGCAAAAUAAUCGCUUUGGGCAACGGCACGGCCUGUCGUGAAACAGAAUUUUGGCUUUCCAAUCUAUUCGGUUUAGGCAUUUUAGAUAAAAAUAAUGUGCGGUAUAGUAUUGUUUCCGAGCAAGGCGCUUCAAUAUAUUCAUGUAGCAAUGUAGCCCGCCAAGAGUUUCCCGACAUGGAUAUGAAUGAGAUCAGUGCUGUCUCCAUUGCACGUCGCUUAAAUGAUCCGUUGAGUGAAUAUGUGAAAAUAGAGCCACGACAUAUUGGUGUUGGCAUGUACCAGCACGAUGUGCCGGAAAAAACGCUAAACGAAGCGCUGAAUGAGGUGGUCUCUGAGUGUGUAAGUUUUGUGGGCGUGGAUAUCAACACAGCCAGUUUAAGUGUGUUAAAGCAUGUAGCUGGCUUGAGUGAAAAGAAAGCACAAAAAAUCAUAGAGCAUCGUUCAAGUAACGGUCCAUUUCAAACACGCAAGGAUCUGUUGAAAGUAAAGUCCAUUGGUGAGAAGACAUUUGUACAAUGUGCUGGUUUUAUACGCAUCGAACCUUUGAGUGUGGGUGGAAAAAUUGAAAAUCUGCUGGACUGCACUUGGGUGCAUCCAGAGAGUUAUGCUGUUGCCAAUAAAGUUAUAAGCAAAUGUAAUUUGUUACUCAAAGACAUCGGGAGUACACCGUUUAUCUGUAAAAUUAAAGCUUACGCCUUACAAUGCGAUAUGGAAGAGCUAGCAGAUAAUUUUCAAAUACCAAAAGAGCGUAUCGAUGUGGUGUUAAUGGCCUUACAACGCAAGCUCACACAAGACUAUCGUGCAGAAUUCGCCAAACGUCCGCUUUUCAAGCAAGGUUUAGCACGUAUAACUGAACUCAGUGAGGGUGAUGUUCUGACGGGUGCCGUCUCAAACAUCACACACUUUGGCGCUUUUGUUGAUAUUGGCGUUGAAUGUAAUGCUCUUAUUCAUAUAAGUAAAAUGAAAAAUAGGGAGCUAAGUGUAGGCGAUCGUGUAACUGUUUCGAUUAUACAAAUUGAUAUACCGCGCAAACGCAUUGGUGUACGUCUGGAGGAUACGAUAAAGGAGACCGACACUUCAUUUACUUUGACCUAAUUAGAUUAAAGCUUAGCGAACACUUGGUUAUUAGAAUAUAAAUGUUUUUAUAUUACAUACGUAUUUUUCUUUACGUAUACAUAUGUUUAUUUUUCUACAUUGUUAAUACAUUAAGUGUAAAAUAUUCACUCAUAACAUACAUAUGGAAAUUAUAGAAAAUAAUAUAUAAUUUCAAACAUAAGCCAUAGAGUCCAUUAGAGUCAUAAUUCAUUAAAAUAGCCUGAUAUUUUUAGUGUAUCACUGUUUUAAGAGUAAAUUUAAGAAUAUUUUAUUUCUAUAACAACCACUAAGCAUUCGUGUUUUGCAAGCUAAAGACAUCAACUUAUAAUCAAGUGAACUAUUAAAAAAAUUGUAAAUCACACCGGCUGGU